GUGCUGGGCUCGGGCGGCGUGGGCAAGUCCGCCCUCACCGUGCAGUUCGUGACCGGCUCCUUCAUCGAGAAGUAUGACCCCACCAUCGAGGACUUCUACCGCAAGGAGAUCGAGGUGGACUCGUCCCCGUCGGUGCUGGAGAUCCUGGACACGGCGGGCACGGAGCAGUUCGCUUCCAUGCGCGAUCUCUACAUCAAGAACGGGCAGGGCUUCAUCCUCGUCUACAGCCUGGUCAACCAGCAGAGCUUCCAGGACAUCAAGCCGAUGAGGGACCAGAUUGUCCGGGUGAAGAGAUACGAGAAAGUUCCUCUGAUCCUAGUGGGGAAUAAAGUGGAUCUGGAGUCGGAGAGGGAGGUGUUAUCUGCAGAAGGCAGAGCCCUGGCUCAGGAGUGGGGCUGUCCCUUCAUGGAGACGUCAGCCAAGAGCAAAACAAUGGUGGAUGAACUGUUUGCUGAGAUCGUCAGGCAAAUGAACUAUGCCUCCCUGCCUGAGAAACAGGAUCAGUGUUGUACAACUUGCAUCGUCCAGUGAGAGAAGUAAAGAAAAACCUCAACCAUGGCCAUACAGAGCAGGUUGGUGGAACAGUCACAACUAACUGAGGUGCACAAACAUGCUGCUUGAGUAAGGAAAGUGUGAUGGGGAGUCUGAAAUUAAGCAGUCUGACCUGGGGGCAGCUUUCCUCCAAAAGACAUG